AAGGCCGCGUCACGUGACGUGAAGGCGGAAGUGUCACAUAAACAGAAAACUAGCAUAAAAGCAGGAACGCUUCUACUUGAGUUUGUCUUAUAACUGUCUUUUAUCUGCACAUACAGCAAAUACGUACAUUGUGAACAAUGUCUGCAAGCCACGCAAAGGACUCCAGCUUUUUGGGAGGCAGGAUACCACCGGAAAUCGAAUCAAUGUCGAAAAACCUGAAGGAUGUGGACCAAGAGAUGUUCAGAAAAAUACUCAAAGCGGUGGUCAGUGCCCUGGAGGGGAAGGACUGCAGGGAGGUGAUGAAGUCGAUAGCAGAGAGCAGUACCAUCCCUCAGGAGAGGCUCAGUUACAUCGUGGCUGGGAUGUACAGAGUUCUGUCCGAGGCCAUCCGCAUCCCCACGCUAAAACAGGAGGCCUUCAAAGAAGAUCUCAGAGAACUGAGGGUACCUGAAGACUUUAUCACAGAUUUCUCCAGUGUUGUUUUUGGAAGUCGGCGUGCAGCUCUAGAGGCAGCAACUUCCCAAAGGGAUCCACACCUCCCGACAUUAGAAGACUUUAAAUGGAGGGUGGAUGUGGCCAUUUCUACAAGCUCGUUAGCGAGGUCCCUGCAGCCUUCUGUUCUAAUGCAGAUGAAACUGUCAGACGGGAGCUUUCACCGUUUUGAGGUGCCUGUGUCUAAAUUCCAGGAGCUCCGGUACAACGUGGCUCUGAUCCUCAAAGAGAUGAACGAUCUGGAGAAGAGGAGCAUCCUCCAAAUCCAGGAUUGAUCCAUGGCGCGGCUCAUUUUUAAGACUUUCAAUCAUGAUCGAAUGAAUGACGCUGAUGAUCUGCUUGUCAUGAUGUCAUAAUAUCAAGAUGUUGGCAUCCAACAUAUUUGGCUGUUUUGACAGAGUGCAAAAUGAUAAGAAUAACUACCUAAUGACCACACGGAAGACAAAAAGACUCAAGACUGUCGCAGUCUAUUUUUUAAAAACAAAUCUAUAGAAUCGAACCGUCUCACUCUUUCUGUUGCUGUGUUAUAAACUGUACAUAUUAGUAUUAUUCAUUUAAGUGGUUGUUUUGAGACAGCUGCGAGGCCUCCGCUGUGCCAAAAUAAAAAUCCAGUCAAUUGAGCAUGCAGUCUCUUAAUAAGUGGCCACUGGUGUCAUGUGAUCUGGUGAGUUUGGGCCUGAACAUUUUGUUCACAUGCUUCUGAAACACGAGGAUGUGUGGGUCAAAGAAUAAACUAGGCUUUUUUUUUUUUCCUUUGCCUAUGUUUAUACAUGUAACUCAAACCAGUGACAGUACAAUUCACUCAUCUUUUGGGAUGUAGCACUACUGUAAAACAGGUAAAAUGACGAUUUUUGAUGUGUUUUCUAUAAUGACGUCAAGAAUGUUUACCUCUUGAACCACAUUCCCUAAUAAAAUCUGCAGCUGAUUUGAUCAGA